AUGAAUGAUUCUUUUCGGUUCAAAAGAAAAUACGAAGAAAUUAAUGAUAAUGAUACAAUUCCGAAUGACGUUAAUUCAAGUCCGAAUGUUGAUAAUGAUAUCCAAGCAAAUGAUAACGUUGAUGCAAGUCCGAAUGUUGAUAAUGAUAUCCAAGCAAAUGAUGACGUUGAUGCAAGUCCGAAUGUUGAUAAUGAUAAUCCUACAACUUCAAUUCCAACAACACGAGGUAUUACUGAUUUGAAUGAUCUUCCUUCGGAUCCACAUGAUAGGCCACCUAUUACUAGUUAUCACCCAAAUAAAAUGGAUGACAUAAGAAGGUCAUAUCUUGUUAAAGGGGCUUUUCAACCUCGUAGUCAUAAGUUUCCCGUUAGAGACUUUUAUGGAAAAAAAAGACGUUUUGUUGUUAGUUGGUUUAAUGAUUGUAGUUGGUUAGAGUAUAGCAUCAAAGCAGACAAUGUAUAUUGUUUAUAUUGUUACUUGUUUAAAGAAGAUGUUGGUAAUCAAGACGGAAGAGAUACAUGGUCUUCUAGUUCUAAAGGCUUUUGUGAUUGGAGUAAAAAAGGGUCAUUAAAGGAACAUGUUGGGAAUGUUGAUAGUCAUCAUUUAAAGGCGGCACAAAAAUGUCACAAUCUCAUGAAUCAAAAGAAACAUAUGGAUGAGAAUAUGAAGAAGUUGACUAAAGAAGAAAUGAUUGCAAAUUAUUAUCGAUUACUUGGUUCUGUUAUGAGUGCUAGAUUCUGUUUAGAAAACUCUUUAACCUUUCGUGGCCAUGAUGAGUCGGAAGAAUCUAAUUCUCAAGAAAUUAAAGAUGAUGUGUUUGGGUUGUUGGUAGAUGAAUCUAGUGACGUUUCUUUGAAGGAGCAAAUGGCUGUAGUUGUUAGAUUUGUUGAUAAACUUGGGGCUGUUAGAGAGAGUUUAAUCGGAAUUGUUCAUGUGAAAGACACAGCUUCUACAACUCUUAACCAAGCCAUUGAUGAUUUAUUAGCAAGCAACCAGUUGAGCAUAAAGCAAGUGAGAGGGCAAGGUUAUUAUGGUGCAAGCAACAUGCAGGGAGAAUUUAAUAGGUUAAAAGCGUUGAUUUUGAAAGAUAACCCUUCAGCACAUUACAUCCAUUGUUUUGCUCAUCAACUUCGGAGGAAAAAAAAAGCUAGAGUGGAAAAAGAUUUACUUGAAGGUGAAAUUAAAACGGGUAAAGGAUUAAACCAAGAGGUUUUCCUAGCACGAGCCGGUGAUACGCGACGGGGUUCACAUCAUAGAACCAUCAUCAGUUUGCUUACAUUGUUUCUGGAAGUCGUGACCAUACUCCAAUACGACAAAGAAGAUGGAGAUUGCAGUCAACAACGAACAAAAGCAAAAGAUAUUCUAUCGUAUUUUAAAAAACCCGAGUUUGUUUUUUAUAUGCAUUUGAUGGGAGAUAUAUUAAGUUACACAAAUGCUUUUUCAAAACACCUUCAACAAAAAGGUAAAGAUUUAUUAGAAGCGGCCAACUUGAUAAAUGGUACAAAACGAGCAUUAAAUGCUUUAAGACAAAAUGAGUUUGAGCCGAUGUUGGAAAAAGUGACUUCCUUUUGUAAAAAAUACAACAUUACAAUGUUGGACAUGACGGAAAGUUAUGGUAAUCUAAGAAACCGAAAGAAUGUCAUUACAAAUCGACAUUAUUUUGAAGUUGACAUUUUUAAUGAGGUUUUAGACAUGCAAAUUUAA